AUGGAUUCCUGCCGCGCCGCUCGUCCUAGCAGCACCGUUACUUCCGCUGACCUGUCAGCGCCUCUUCUCCACCCUGCCCCCGUGCAACCUUGCCCACCUGUUGCUGCUGCUUCUUCCGAAGCCGAUGCCCUCGAAUCCUCUCCGUCCGCGCCAUUCGUGCCUCUCUCGCGCGACUCGCGGCCAUGGCGAGAUCGGUCGUGGCGCAUAGCCUUCCUCUUCCUCGCCAUUCUCACGCUCCUCCGCGCGCUCCGCCUGCUCAUCCCCGCCCUGCGCGCGUCCCCCGGCCCCUCAGCGGCGCUCGUCACCCUCUCGUACGCGCGCAUCGGCGUGGCCGUCGUCGCCGCCGCGCCGCUCGUGUGGGGCGUGCUGCUGUACGUAAGGCGGCACAACAGCCUCGCCAUAAUUCUGCCCGCACACUUCGCGCUCGUCGCGCUCCUCUUCUUCGUCGGUGCGUUUCUGAUUCUUCACCUCCCGCAACUGUUCUUCUCGGACUCUCUAGUACUAAGCACGAGCGCGGGUCCCAUCGCCACUUCUGCUGCCGGCGCCGCCACCUCGUCGCACGUUCUUGCUGCUAUGAGCACGCUCGCUGCCGCAGCAAGAGCAGCAGCUCGCGCGAUGCUGAUGGAUGGAGUAUCUUCCGUUGUCGACGCCACUGCCGCCACUCUCACUCGCUCCGUCACCGCCAGAACCAGCAGCACAUGGCUGCUCACUCCCAGCCGCACCGCAUCGCCUCCCCUCUCCGAUUCCCUCGCCCUGCUCUUCUCCUCAUUCCUCUCUCUUAACAACUCCGCACCCCUUACCUCCCCACUGGGCAUUCCUUCCGUUCUACCCUCUCCAUUCCUCACCUCCCCGUUCCCCCCCACGUCUGUCCUUGCCUCGCCCUUCCCGUCCUCGCCUCUCGUUUCCUCCUCCAUGUCGCCGCCCCUCCUAUCCCUCGACUCGAACCACUUCAUAGUGCACUUCGCCUGCCUCUUCGCGCUCCUCAGCCUAGCCAUGCUCCUCCUCCUCUCCCGCCCUCUCAAACGCCUCUCCCUCUCCCUCCUGCGUCGCACCGCCGCCAUCCUCCUCUCUCACUCCCAGUCCAUCCUCUACUUCGUCCUCCUCCUGCUGCUCCUUCAAGUCCUCGUUACAGCACCACUCGCUGCAGUCGUCAGGAAGGUGGCUGUCCUGUGCGCCAUGGUAGCAGGGGAGGGCAAGAUUCCUGCCGUGUGUGCAGCGUGGUUGCUUCCACUCCUCACGCAGCUCGCCAACCCACCGCUGCUGCUCCUCUUCCUGCUCCUGGGCCUGUGGGCCGUUGUUGUCUUCUCCAUGCUCAUCGCCUUCCUCGCUGCUGCUCUCGUGGGCCACGGCGUGAGCGCAGAGGAGGGGGAUCACAGGGACGAAAUCCGACGUGGAAAGCACUCCGGGGAAGGUGCUGCUGGCGAUGGUGCUGCUGCUGCCUACCCUGCUAUCGCAGCAGUCGCAGCGGUCCCCACGCGUUCUGUGUGGUCAGCGGUACAUGCAUCGCAUGUGCCAUCAGCCAUUGGCAUCACCAAACGACCCCAGUUCUCACACCUGCCUCUGCUGGGUCACGCGCUCAGGCUCGUCCUCACGCGCUCCCUGGGCACAGCUGCAGCGGUGGCGAUGCUGCUCAUCGUACUGUACAUCCUCUUCACCGCACUCAACACCUGGCUGGCGGUGUACGUGUUUGCGUCCUUGGAGGUGCCGGGGCUGCUGACGGGCUCUGCUGCUGCGCUGCUCACCGUGGCGCAACUGCUGCUGCUGCACGUCCUCACCUGGUUCGUGCUGCCAGUGGCGGGCAUCACGGGCAAGGGCGUGUGGGCUUCUCUUGCCAUCGCGCUGCGCCUGCUGCCCGCGCACCUGCUGCCGUCGCUCGCCCUCUUCAUCUUCACUCGCAUGCUCAUUCUCGGCCUUGCCAUCACCACUGAAACUCUGCUGUGGCUGCUGGUGCUCUGGCUCACGCCCUCCCCAUUGUCCGCGUCGCAUGCAUGGGUCGUGGGUGCCUCCUUCACGCGCCUCUUCCUCUCCUCCAUUCUCUCCACUGCGCUCUCCACCCUCACCCUCUCCCUCCUCGCCUCCGUGCCUGCUCUCUACGUCUACCUUGCGCUGGGAGAGAGGUUGGAUGCACGCACAGGGGUGGUACUGGGCAAACAGGGGGAUACGAGUGGUUGA